CAUGCGUGAAAACGACGUCCUUAGAGUGUAGAGUGCCGAGUGUAGACAUCUUUAGAUCCAAAUAAACGUUGUUAUACGUUUAUGAAACUCUUUUGGACCUCAAUAGAGAAGGUGUUUGUUUUAUUUAACCGCUGUCUACUAUUAGAGUAAAGGACUAGAAGGUUCCACAGGGUCAAUACCGUCGUUUUAACAGGAACUGUACAGAGAUUAUACAGACAAGCAAAAAGCAUUCACUUCUGUUUGAGCUAAUACAUGUUUAUUUAAAAAAAAAAACAGAGUUAUAACCGUGGACAUGAGGAGUCUGCCAUAUUUCUGUCGAGGACCAGUGAUUCGGGGAUUUGGACGAGGAAGCAAAGAGCUGGGAAUCCCAACAGCUAACUUCCCAGAAUCUGUAGUGGACAGUCUACCUGCUGACAUCAGCACUGGUAUCUAUUAUGGCUGGGCACGUGUGGACAACGGAGACGUCCACAAGAUGGUGAUGAGCAUUGGCUGGAACCCCUACUACAAAAACAUCAAGAAAUCCAUGGAAACACAUUUGAUCCACAAGUUUAAGGACGAUUUCUACGGUCAGAUGUUAAGUGUUGUCAUGGUGGGCUACAUUCGUCCAGAAAAAGGAUUCAGCUCACUAGAAGAAUUGAUCACUGCAAUUCACAGUGACAUUGAAGAGGCUAAAAGAAAUUUGGACCUGCCUGAGCACAUAAAACUGAAAGAAGACAAUUUUUUUAGGACCUCUAUAUCCACAACAGCCAAUCAGAUCUUGAAUGGUCGCUAAAUGGAACUUGCCGCUUUAUCUAGUUUCCCCAUACUUCAUUUUUAUGGGGGUAAAACCACUGUAAUGUAUGCAUUAUUUUUGCAAUAUUUCAUAAUUCAGAAAGGUUUACACAUUAGAUUGACCAGCACAGAUUAUUUGUUAUGGAAGACAAAACCAAAUGAAGAAAUAAGAAAUGAAGUUACCUCGGUCAGUUCAGAUCACCAACAACUGGUUCAAAGAAUAAGGUUUUAACCUCAACACAGAAACGUCCAUGACUGAGACGUAUUUGCUGGUGACUUAAAAAUAGUACAGUUUAAUUGCAACAGAUUGUUAACUAAAUUUAAAACCAGAGAUGCUACAAUUUGCUGGUAAUUUAUAUAUAUAUAUAUAUAAAAUAUUUUAUUGGUAUUGGCAGAUUGUGUUGUGUAUAUAAUCAAAUGAGUGGAUAUAUACAUUCAGUGGGUCCAAAACUAUAACCCAGAAUCCAGAAAGGCUGUGAGUUUUAGGUACAGUGGUGGAAUUUAUAUUAUAUAUUUAUUACUGAACUGCUCUUCUUAUUAGGCUGUUAGACUGGUCUCUUGAACUGAAGCCGUUUAAUCUAAACCUCAAUAGCUCAAUCACAAGUAAGAUUAUAAAUAUUCACUGGCAUUUAGUUUUGUGUCCAAGGAAGGCUUAUAUUCUUAUAAACAAUAUACACUCACUGGGCAUUGUAUUAGGAACACUAUUCUAAUACUGUGCAUGUCCUUGCUUUGUUUUCAAAACACCUCCAAAUGUGUGCAUGUUCUGAGAUGCUUUUCUGCUCACCACUGUUGUACAGAGUGGUUAUCCGAGUUACUGUAGCUUUUCUGUCCACUCAAAUCAGUCUGGCGGUUCCUUAUCUGUCCACAGAUCUGCUGCUUACUGGAUUUUUAAACUUUUUUUGCACUAGACAUUGUUGUGCAUGACAAACUGAGGAGAUCAGCAGUUAUAGAAAUACUCAAACCAACCCAUCUGGCACCAACAUUUAUGACUCAGUCAAAACCACUGAGAUCUCAUUUUUCCCCCAUUUUGAUGGAUGAUGUGAUCAUUACCUGCUGAUGGCAAUGACAGCCCACAUAUGUAUGAUUUUAUGCCUUGCACUGCUGCUACAUGAUUGGUUGAUUAGACAAUUGCAUAAAUGAGUUCAUGUAAAGGUGUUCCUAAUAAAGUAUAUCUUUUAUUCUAGUUUGAUCCUAA